ACGAAAAGGUAGGAUAGCGCGCAUAGCACAUUCAAGAGCUAUGGCAGCCGUAGUAGGUGAUCAAUUGAGGGUGUUCUACAGGAGAUUUAAGCCACAUAUUUUCAUGGUUCUGGUUCACAUAGGUUACACAUUUCUGUACCUUCUCACUGAGGUUUCCUUCAACCAUGGGAUGGAUGCUCAUGUCUUUGUAACCUACCGUCAUGCUAUAGGGGGUGUAGUGAUAUUUCCUUUUGCCUGUUUUCUUGAGAGAAAAGUAAGGCCAAAGCUGACUUUAGCGUUGUUUUUGGAGAUGUUUCUGCUUUCUCUAUUAGGGGUUAGCUUAACCCUUAACAUGUACUUUGCAAGUUUGAAAUACACCUCUGCAACCUUUGUCACAUCCGUGGUGAACACUGUUCCAUCCUUGACUUUUAUAAUUGCACUUGCACUCAGGAUGGAGACUCUUGAUGUCAGGCACCCUCGUGGGAUGGCCAAAGUCCUGGGAACCUUGACAUGCUUGGCUGGGGUGAUAGUCAUCGCUUUGUAUGAAGGAGCUGAAGUUCAAAGUUGGAAGGGUGCUCCUAUCCACAUAAUCAGAAGUAAUCAUGUUCAUGAGAACUGGAUUAAAGGACCAAUUCUAGCUGUUGCAAGUUGCAUAUCAUGGUCUUCAUGGUACGUUAUGCAGGGAAUUACACUGAAGAAGUAUCCUGCGCCACUGUCACUAACUGCAUGGAUAAACUUUCUUGGUGGAGUACAAUCAGCCGUCUUCACUUUAAUCAUACAACACAAACCAGCAGCGUGGCUCAUUCCAUUCAACAUUGACUUCUGGUCCACCGUAUACGCUGGAAUUGUAUGCUCAGGUUUGAUAAUCUUCAUUCAACUACAUUGUACGGAACAAAAAGGGCCAGUUUUUGUGACCGUAUUUAAUCCCCUCGGAACAGUGUUGGUAGGACUUCAAGCAUACUUCCUUCUUGGCGCAAGGCUGCACAUGGGCAGAAUUGUGGGAGCUGUUGUUGUUAUCCUCGGUCUAUACUUGGUGCUGUGGGGCAAAGAAGGUGACCAAUGUGACAUCAAAUCCCGAGAGAAAUCUUUUUUGAGUAAUGAUGAGCCGAAGGAACCCAAGGCACAAAGAGAAUUACCUUCAGAAACGGAAGUCCCCUAAAGGCUUGUUUCACCCAGAAAAGAAGGCCUAUAGGCCAAAGGGUCCCGAGAGAAAAACAUGAUGCAUACCAGUGGAAGGGAAAAAGAAAGCUACAGCAAGCAGCAAGUGAGCCUAGCUCAUGUUUACUGAUUUAUUCCCAACGGCUUCUGUAAAAGAGUAGAGCAAACAUUACAAGAUCAACAGGUUUGAAUUCAGGAUCUUUCUUUUUUUUUUCUUUUUCUGAGCUUCAAGAUUAUGCUCUCUGGAAGUGUACUAAAUCAAUAGCAUGGAUAUCCCAUGAAAAAACAAAUAAAUGCAAGUCAUUUCAAUGUUCCUGAGA